CCCACCCCCAUUUUCCAAUUUGUAUUCACUUACCAUUACCAGCCGAUAUCCACUGCUCCAAAUUUCCCUAAUCUUCUCUCCCACAGGCCACAGCCCCCAGUCUGUCGCUCUGUUAAAAACCGGAACCGCCAACCACUUCUUUCUCCAGCACAACCCCCGUCUCUUCACUGCGGUUACUGCCAUGUGUUCUCCCUCCACCGUCGCUGUUGCUAUGUAAUGCCUCUCCGGCGAGGCUGCAACCUGUGAGCUCGUCGCCGAUCUCCUCUCCUCUGGUCUUAUCUCCCUCCCUCCGCCGCUGUUGUGCUCUCUGCUCACCCACCUCGGUCACUGCCUCUGUACUCUCUCUCUCCUCCGGUCAGAUGAGUGUUGCAGCAGACUCUCCGAUACAUUCAUCCAGUAGUGAUGACUUCAUUGCGUAUCUUGAUGAUGCAUUAGCUGCAAGUUCGCCAGAUGCGUCAUCCGAUAAAGAAGUUGAAAAUCAAGAUGAGCUGGAAAGUGGCAGAAUAAAAAGGUGCAAGUUUGAAAGUGCUGAGGAAACUGAGGAGUCUACUUCAGAAGGGAUUGUGAAACAGAAUUUAGAAGAAUAUGUGUGUACACAUCCUGGUUCAUUUGGAGAUAUGUGUAUACGUUGUGGGCAAAAGUUGGAUGGUGAAUCUGGUGUGACAUUUGGCUACAUACACAAGGGACUGAGACUUCAUGAUGAGGAGAUCUCUAGAUUGCGAAAUACAGAUGUGAAGAAUUUGCUAAUUCGUAAAAAACUUUACCUGAUUCUUGACCUAGAUCAUACGUUACUCAAUUCCACUCACCUUGCUCAUUUGAACUCUGAAGAGUUGCAUUUAAUUUCCCAGGCAGAUUCUCUUGGAGAUGUUUCCAAGGGUAGCCUUUUCAAAUUGGACAAAAUGCAUAUGAUGACCAAGUUGAGGCCUUUUGUCCGCACAUUUCUAAAAGAAGCAAGUGAAAUGUUUGAGAUGUACAUAUACACCAUGGGUGAUCGACCCUAUGCAUUAGAGAUGGCUAAGCUGCUUGAUCCUCUAGGAGAAUACUUCAAUGCAAAGGUGAUUUCUCGAGAUGAUGGCACUCAAAAGCAUCAGAAGGGUCUUGAUAUUGUGUUGGGGCAAGAAAGUGCUGUUGUAAUUCUUGAUGAUACAGAACACGCAUGGGUGAAGCAUAAAGAUAAUUUGAUUCUGAUGGAAAGAUACCACUUUUUUGGUUCAAGUUGCCGGCAAUUUGGUUUCAAUUGCAAAUCUUUAGCUGAAUUGAAGAGUGACGAAGACGAAGCUGAAGGAGCGCUCACUAAAAUCCUUAAAGUUCUUAAGCAAGUCCAUUCUAAAUUCUUUGAUGAACUUAAAGAAGAUAUUGCUGAACGAGAUGUAAGGCAGGUUUUGAAAUCAGUUCGAAGGGAAGUCUUGAGCGGGUGCGUAGUUGUUUUCAGCCGUAUCUUCCAUGGAGCCUUACCACCACUCCGACAGAUGGCUGAGCAGUUGGGAGCUACUUGUUUAAUGGAACUUGACCCCUCUGUGACACAUGUGGUUGCUACUGAUGCUGGAACUGAGAAGGCCCGGUGGGCAGUGAAAGAGAAGAAGUUUUUGGUUCAUCCACGAUGGAUAGAGGCUGCAAAUUAUUUUUGGGAAAAGCAACCUGAGGAGAACUUCGUCCUCAAGAAAAAGCAGUAGUAACUGGUAACUUUUCUUGUAGCAUCACACACUUUGUUGUGUUCAUAGUAUGUUAGAUGUUAUAGUCGCCCAAGGUUAUGAAAGCAUAUUGGUUUUCAUAUACUACUUAUUCUGGAGAUAUAUAUAUAUAUAUUCUUCUACUCUUCUUGCCAUUUGAAUUUUUGAAUAGGAAAAUGAAACUAUGUUUAAAUUUCUAGCUUA